CGCGACAGAGCAACUAUAAUAACAAAGUAAUCGUAUAUUCAUGAACAUUUAGAGUGACCGACUAAUCUAAAAAGUUUUAACCGGUGACUUGUGAACGCAUCUUCAUUCCGGACCAGGGGGCGUGGGUUAGACCGGCUUUCUCGGAGGCUCAGACACAAUGAACCGUCAGACAGAAAGGGGCACGCACGUUGGGCCCGCGGAGUUAGCACGAUUUUAGCCUAUUAUUGUUCUUAGUUUUGCGUUUUUUUUAGACUUUUUGAUUAAUUCUUUAACUACUGAUACAUUAUAUGGCUGAAAAGAGACCGGACUGGGAGCAGUUUGUUCGUCGAGUUUGAUGAAAACGAGGUCCGGAUCAGACUGUUACCGUUAGCCCCUCCUGUGGUCGUUUUCGUUGGUUUUUAUUUUUAUUUUUUCUGGUUGAAGACAAAAAGAAGACCGAGCAGAUAACAAUGUCGUUGACUUUGUCGUCUGAUUAUUUCGCCGCCGAGUGCUUGGUGUCGAUAUCUAGCGGUCCUGUCCUGCACAGACCCACCCCGGUCGCCCCCGCCAGCCAGUCCUCCGCCGCGGGCCUUCUCCCCGGGGAUCCGGAUGGGUCGAGCGAGGACAGGGAAGUGCGGGAGACCCUGAGGCUGGAAGGGACGAACAUGAUGACGGUGGCCGGUAUCCUCACCGACCUGCACAGCAAGUUCCGCCCUAUGUCGGCCUACUCGGAGAGCAGCAACUCCUCGUGCGGGGGAGAGAGCGGCUACACCACGUUGUCCGACCCCACCACCCCUACCAUGACCCCCUCCGCUACGCCGGUGCCCGGACAGCAGCAGCAGCCUUUCGGGGGGGCCGGCGGCGUCGGGCCCCCGCGGUCCCCGGUCAAGCGACACCAGUGCACUUUUGACGGAUGCGACAGAGUUUACGGGAAAUCCUCACACCUGAAAGCACACAUCCGGACACACACAGGUGAGAGGCCUUUCCCAUGCAAAUGGCCUAAGUGCGAGAAGAAGUUCGCCCGCUCCGACGAGCUCGCCCGCCACACCCGCACCCACACGGGGGAGAAGCGCUUCCAGUGCCCCCUGUGCGACAAGCGCUUCAUGCGCAGCGACCACCUGAUCAAGCACGCCCGCCGCCACCCGGACUUCCAGCCGUGGAUGCUGGGACGCACCAAGGCCGCGCCCCCGGCCUCUAAGAAAGCCGUGCCGAAUUAGGAGGGGUUGGGGUGGCAGGUUUUUUUUGGCCGACCGAAGCAGAUAAGGUCACUUUUGUUUCAAGUCAACCAGCUAAACUCAAAUCCACUGACUAGGAUUUAGCCCCGCUGUGUUCUACUCCAACAUGCGCGCACACACAAGCCGCCACACACGUAGCAGGAUGUUAGGGGGAUAGUAAGUUGAGUCAUUUGACCACCCACUCACUUGUUCAGCAUAAUUAGGGUUGUGGUUUGAAAAGGUUCCCCUUGCCGUUUCAUCCCCUUUUUUUCUCCCCUCCUUCUUCUUCUUCUUCUUCUUGUUUUCUCAAAGCAACACGUCGGACCUAUUGCACUUCCAUUUGAAUCCCCCGGUCACACAUGUAUCAAAGCGUGUGUGUGGUGUUUACAAAAUGGAGUGAGCCUUCAAAAGUGUUGCCAAACCUCACAAAAGACUGAAAAAAAAAAACACAAGCUCUGCAUGAAAUGAUACCGGGGAAAGUUAGGCGGUCAAUUAAUAUGACGACGAAGGAACAGCAGAGUGGAACACAUUGUUUAAGGGUGUGGUCGCAUUUCAUUGAGAACUUUUUAAAGAUGUCAAUUUUGGGGUAAUUAGUUGAAUUAGAUAGACCUUCGUUAUCAGUCAAGGUACAAAACCACAGUAAAAGCAGUCCUACCCCCCCACCCCACAACAUUCUAAAAACAUAUUUAGAAACAAACAAGUGGCACAGUGGGUAAAUAUUGUUUUCUAACCAAAUAAAUCACAAAAUACCUCAUUGUAUAUUACAGGUUUAUGGCAGCACAUUUAUUUUUCUCAAACGUCUUUAUCGUCUUGCAGAUUUCGAGAUGAAACCCACCCAACCCUAAUGAAACCUCAUAAUCACAGAAUGAAACACUCAGAUUUCAGGGAUUUUUCUUCAUCUUCUUCUUUUUUUUUUCAGUGUACACAUUCAUCAUCAACCAAAAUUCCUCUGGUAUUUCGUGGUUAAAUAGUAGAUUGUUGUGUUGUUCAGUUCCAUUUAUUUACCUUGAGUAAUGUUGUGAUAUUAGAAAGUCAGGCAGUGACUAGAAGCUUUCCCCCCUCCCUUAUUUUUAAGUUGAUUUUUUUUUAUUUUGGUUGUUUUAGUGUAGCUUGUUUUUGGCUUUUAGUGGUGACACAUUCCUUAAUGAUUUUAUUUUUCAUUGCAUUAGCAACUAUCAUUACUGAGACUUUUUAUUUGUAACUAUAUCCAUUUGGACAAUAGCUCAAACAUGAAUUCUGCCAGAAAGUGGAUGAAAUUUCACUCUAAAAGAGGAAUAUGCACGCCACUCCGAAGGCUCCACCAGUUAUCCACAAAAUUCUGACACAUAAUACUCGACAGUAUUAUGUCUAAUAUCGAUGCAAAUGUACAUAAGCUUUAAGCUUUUACUGUAGAGAAAUGGUAAUGCUACUAGCAGCAGAAUUUAUACAUGUAAUAAAUUGUAGUCCUUAUAUUAGGGGUAACAUAUGCUUGAUAGGAUGACAUUGCCUGUAUGAUGUGUAUGUAUGUUGAAAAGUGUGUAUGCAAUGGAUUUUUUUUUCUUUUUCUUUUUUUUUUUUUUUUUUUUUUUUUCAUGAGUUGAGCUCGAGCUUUCAGCCUGCUGCCUUCAGUGCGUUCAGUCCACUCGUCUGGGACAAAGAUCCAGACGGCACAGCAUGGGGAACUUAGUAAAAACUUAGUAAAUCAAGGUCUCUCUUUUUUUUUUUCUCAACUUGUGAAUAAGUGGUAUUGGAUUUUUUUUUAAAGAUUUUUUUUUUAAAUUGACAGCAAAGCUAAUGCGCAGAUGCUACUAAAAAUUCUAAAGGUGGCCGGGUAGAGACCAGACCGGCAUCGUCGACACGCAAAGAGAGAGGAGGGGUGGCGCUUUUCAGACUUUCCGUGGCUCAAAAAGAUAACUUCAAGUAGUUUGUGUGUUUUCAGUCCCUUUUGUGUGCAAAUACUGUAGGGUACAGGUCUGAACGUAGACGCGUUGGUCUCUUUUGUCGUGGUUCCCGCGCCCUUUGGCCCCUCUCACGGACGUCUUCUUUUAUCUCAGUGACAACAACUUCUUCAGGAAAAAACUCUGAAAGCCUUAAACUAUGUCAUAACUACUUUGCACCGUGUUUACAGUCGGCUCAUUGUAUAGGUAGAUAUACUCCCGCUUUGUGGGGGCGUUACCGAAAAAACUCAUGCAAUAUGGCACUUUUUUUCUGAGAGGUAUUAGGCUGAAGAGCGUAGAGGCUUGCACUGUUACUGUGUUUCUACAAGCAAGCAUUGUGGAACUUUGUGUAUGUGUUUAUAACCAAUGCUUUUGUUUAGAAAGGAAAAAAAACAAACAAUUUUCUGCCUUUUUCAUUUGCUUUACGAAACAAUGUUGAAAUGGGUAGUUGUUGCUUUUAGUUGCUCUAUAUUUUUUUCCUGCUUAUUGUUGUUUGAUUAGUGAUCCAGGCUAUCCUUUUUUUAUCCCUUAUUGUGGAAUUUGUGUUUAUAUUCUAGAAUGGAAUGCUUUUUCUUUUUUUUUUCUUUUUUUUCGUCCGCUUUAAAAAAAAAAAAUCUCAUCCCAUAUCUGUUCACUCGGUUUCUUCCAAACUAGGAUCAGAACGGGGGCCGGGAGGAAGGGUGGGGGGGGGUCAACCGCAGAUGUCUUCCUCUUUCACGCCGAACCAUUUUCACACAAAGCAGAAGCCCGGUGCCACUUCGCCCGCGAGUGUUCAAACCCUGCACACAAAAAAACCUCUCACCAGAGCCCGAAACGCUCUCGGCCACUGCUGGCAGUCGGCCGAGAACCCCUCGGACCGUUUUAGCAAAUGAACAAACUCUAUUUUCACACGGAAAUCUCUCUCCUUCCGUCUCUCCUCGCAGGUGGAAGCAACAUUUGAGACUCAAAGCUGUAAAAUCACAAGAACAUACCUCACUGUUUUUGGUUGUUAUAGUUUUUUUUUUUUCUUCUCUCUUUUUUUCCUUUGCAGUGUCUGUACAGAUUGCCAUCCAACCUGUCUGUCAGAAAUUCCUAUACACCUGUUCUAAGUCUUGAAGGUUUGUUUUUCAGCAGUUUGUACCCCUUGUCCUCACCGACUAUAUGCAACACAAAUACUACCUUAGUAGCAGCAGAACUCCUUUUACUUGCCUCUGUGAACGCGUCGGGAGUAAAAGUCAACAGAGAAGUCCUCUUAGGAGUGUCAUUAAGGUUUCUCCGCAGCUUUUUUUCUUUCUUUCUUUCAAACAAAAUUUAAAUAAAGGGUUAAACUUCAUCACUGGCUUGGGUAGAAACUCAAAAGGGGCAUUGAUACAGAAAAUGACUUGUAAUUCAUUGAAACAAAAAAAACAGCUCAGUCCAGAUCUAUUUGUUCAUAUCACAGAAUGUGGCUUUUUUUUGCCUUUUUUUUGUUUUUUUUGCUUCCAAUUUCCCUCACUGCGGCAGAGAGGGGGGGGGCACACUAAUUCAGAUAUGCACAUUGUACAGACGUGGAUGUUUUUACUUAAUUGAUUGCUAAUUUUUAUAUAAUGUAAUUUUUAAACUCCUCUUACCAAAGCUUUAGGUAAGAUUAAUAGGAGGAACCGUGGAACUAAGUAAUUGCUGCAAAAAGCUGUUUUUUCAUAUUUAUAUUCUCAGGCGUCUUAAAGUUCGAGCAUCGGAGUUUCAAUACUUGCUGUGCAACACCGACAUAUAAGCAUGUUAUUUUCUUUUUGAUGAUUAAUUUAUUAGGUAUCUGUUGUGUGGUUUAAUUUUUUUUUCUUUUCAUAACUCAUUUUGUGACGUGGGACUAUACUAAUAUUAAAUGGUUCCACUGGUUGCUUGAUCUUUGCUUUAUUAUUUUUUUUUCCUUUUUAAAAAAAAAAUAAAAAUUCCUAAGUUUAUAGUUUAUCUCGG